CCGCAAAAUCCCAAAUCUAUUUCAUCCCUCACCCGAAUACAUAAACGAAAACCCUUGGUCUUCCUCGCGCCGCUCUCCUCCCAAUCUCCAUAAAAAUCCCAACUUGAGAUGGCGCCGAAGAAGGACUCGAAGGCUCCGCCGCCGUCGUCGAAGCCGGCGAAGUCCGGCGGCGGGAAGCAGAAGAAGAAGAAGUGGAGCAAGGGAAAGCAAAAGGAGAAGGUGAACAAUGCAGUGCUUUUUGAUCAGGGGAGUUACGAUAAGAUGCUCAGCGAGGUUCCCAAGUACAAGCAGAUCACUCCCUCUGUGCUUUCUGAAAGACUCAGGAUUAAUGGAUCACUUGCACGAAGGGCGAUUAAGGAUUUGAUGGCGAGGGGUGCGAUUAGGAUGGUUACUUCACAUUCCAGCCAGCAGAUCUACACCAGAGCUACCAACACCUAGAUCACUCCAUGCUACCUCUUCAUUCGACUUAGAGGAUGAAGUUCUUUCUUGUUUUCCUAUUUUAGUUAUUUUUUAAUUUUCUCUUUGACAUCAGCAUCUUAAGUCCUAUUUAUAGAACAGUGUUUAAUUGGGAGAAGAUUUGGUACUUAGAUGAUGGUUCGCUGUUUGAUAUGAGCUCCAUUAUGUGAUAAUUAUAUUUUGAAAACAAGUCUUUCAAGUGACUUAUAUGCGCGUGACGACGUAGGUUUAUAUCUACAAUUUUAGAACCAUUAUGAUUCA